AUGUGCUUAAUACUUCAAACCGGUUUAUCAUUGUGACCCACCCAUCAAGGUUAAAGUGUUAUAUAAAUAAAACGCCACUAACACCUGUAAUUCUAGCCUUUGUAGUCUACCAUGAAAGCCUUUUUGCAGCUUGUGGUCCUGAGUGCCUGUCUGCCCGCCUUGUUGGCGAGCAAAGAAAAUCGUGCACUGUGGCAGUUCAGGAGAAUGAUCGUCUGUACCAUCCCUAACAGCUGGCCUUUACUGGACUAUGCAGACUAUGGGUGCUACUGUGGCAAGGGAGGCUCAGGCACACCGGUGGAUGAAUUGGACAGGUGCUGUGAGGUGCAUGAUGGAUGCUAUUCUGAUUCGUGGCAACAAGAUGACUGCUUCGGUGUUCUAGACAACCCAUACACUGAAGUCUAUUCCUAUUCAUGUGAUAAAGCAGCUCAGAAAGUCACAUGCAAUGCUGAAGCGAAUCGCCCCUGUGAGAUGUUUAUCUGUGAAUGUGACAGAAAAGCAGCUGAAUGUUUUGCAAAAGCCGGUUACAACCCAGAGCAUGAGCAUUAUCCCAGUGAAAAGUGCAAAUGAUCUGGUAAUCUUGAGAGAUGAUAGGUGUUGAGACACGGACCAUAUUAUGUAUCAUUAAAGACAGAUAAUAAAAACAUAUAUCUCUCUCUUU